AUGUUGGCACAGCAACCGCAGCUUGGCAGAUAUAAAAUAAUUGCCCUCGGGCCAAAAGAUGUGCGUGGUGAAGACAUGCAGAAUUGCGGUAUCAUGCAAACAUUUCCCCCCUCCCUCUUUUUACGUCCAGACGAUGAGUGGACGGUGUUUCAGCAGAUCGUCAGUCCCACAACAAACGCGAUUAUUGGUUACAAUAAGUCGUGA